GAAGUAAGUACAUUGGCAUAACUGGGGGACGAGGUUGCGUAACUGCAGGGCGACGAAGACCGGUGGACACAUGUUUUAGAUGAACUAAUACAAAUAGGAUAUCAUCAGCCACACACAGAGGUGAACAUGGCUGACAUAUCGGAGAGGACACUGCAGAUUGCAAUUGCAAUUUCCUUUGCCACGGGGUUUAUUACGGGAUGGCAGGCCAACCGAAUGAGAAGGAAGUUUUUGGACUGGAGAAAGAAACGACUACAGGACAAGCUAUCUGAGACACAGAAGAAGUUGGACUUGGCGUAACUUCAGUCAGUCAAAUGCUUGAUUAAUUGUGUUAAAUGUCACCAGAAACCUUGUUUUAGCUAUGAAGCAAAGCAGUACAUCGGUUAGCAGCUGACAGCAUUUCCUGAGACAAACUUGAUGAACACUUUCAUCUGUGUGCUGUACACUGCCCACGGACACUUCCACCCAUUUGAGGAGGAUUGAAUUCUGUCACCAUUUUGUACUCGACUUCACCCAUGUCAGUCCAAGUUGACACUCAUCUUGUCAAAUAAAACAAAACAGAAAAUA